CAAUCCUCAGAUGAAAUCUAACAAUGUUCCUGUUCGUUCCUUUUCGUCAGGUUACAAUUCUGUCAUGUUUCUUGACGAUUGUCCUUUCCUGUAAACAAUGGAUCCUAAGAAGGGAAAAUUACCGAACAGGAGUUGUCCUGAAAUGUUGUGCCAUCAGUUGCAAUCCAGGUUCGUAUGUUGUGGUGUGUACCUCUAAUUGGACGAAUGAUAUAUGUAGAACCUGUCCUGAGGGGACUUACAUGGAGGAUCCGACAAACUCUUCUCUGCCGCGGUCUUGUAUUCCCCACGAAUGCCCGCCCAACUCGAUUCCGACAGAUUCCUUUCCAUUGUCGGGGUGCCAGAGGAAAUGCCGUUGUGACGAAACAAAUGGCUUUGAAGGACCUGAUCCCUGCAAUUGUCAACAUAAAUCCUAUAUUCUACCAUCAAGAAAGUCUCGUAAUGAAAACAUAAAAGAUUCAAAUACAUCUAGCACGAGUGAAAAUUUUAAAGAAGAAAAGAAGCAAACCAAGACCGACAGAUUUCUCAAUAAUACUACCGGAGAAGACAACAAAAUUUAUUUAAAUCGUAAGCAUGACACCCCCGACACUUUGUUGAUAGUGGGAGGGAUAUCUCUGGCCUCGGUCCUGGUCGCCAAUAUAAUACUAGUUGUAGUUUGUUACAAAAGAGGAAAAUGCAAAGGAAAAACACUGGAUCCGACCUCCACAACACUGACAUGCUUUUACCAAGCACCGCCUAAUACGGAGAGAACUCAGCGACCGGAAGCACGAGUUCCUCCUUAUAGAUACGAAGAAGCAGAAUCCAGUAAUGAAAGGUCCCAACCACUCCUCGUCCCAGAUGAUAAUACCAUGAAUACGCUUCCAGUCAGUCAGUCAGAUAAUCACGAAUCCGGCUUUGGUACGGGUUCCAAUUAUGGCCCUCACACAAUUAACGUGCAAGAUCAUCAAGAACCCACCUUGGAAACGCUUUCCACCCUUGACCCACAAACAAUUAACGAAGCAAGUUCACAGUGGAAUGGCCUUGAUGAAUACAGGGUUCCCGGUGUUCGUUUUGAAGACCGGUAUCACUCAUCGAACUACUAUCGUCUUUCUGAUUAACAGACUGAAAAUUUUUGAUUUACUAAACUGUAUUGACUGUCAUUUUGUGGAGAAACUAUUGGCAUCUUAAAGUUUGAUCAUACAUCAACAUGUUGAUCCUUCCAAGAGAUCUGAUACUGUUGUAUUAAUUGACGAACAUGAGCGGUAAUUGAAAAUAUUCAUGAAGCUGUGAAGCGAGGCGUUCAGCCAGGCCACAUUCUGUAGAGACUUAAACUAACAAAUUUUGUUGGAGACGAUAAAACACGAAAAGUCAGUACUUGGUUUAUUGUGGUCCACACAUGUACUAAACCAUGCACCUGAGAAUUAAUUCUGUUACAUCUCUUAAAAGGUACAUAAAAUGAUUCACAGUUACAUUAUAAACAAAACUACAAAUUUUGAGAGGAAGAGGGUGGGAACAAAUCAGACACAUGAGUCAGAUCAUGUACUUAUUGGUCUGGAGGAAGUAAAAUUACUAUCGAGAUCUAAAAGUAUUGAAAUCUUAUUUUAACAAACAUGAAGCAAAAAGGAUUCCCUGCAAUUUUUUUCAAAAUCAUUUAUGCCUCCCCCUCCCCCCCCCCCUUAAAAAAUUGAUCUCACUGAAAAGAAAAGUUUAAUAGCUUGUGAAUCAAAUGAGCAUAUUGGAGACUAAGUAUGAAGAUGGACAGCGAUCGAUGAAAUGAAGAUAACAAACUUGAUCGAAAGUUCAUAUCAACUCAUCACGAGCAAAGCCACCACAAGCCCCUGAGAACAAAGAUUGGAUCGGGGGCCAUGAAGGAGUAAGCAUCCUCUGUCAACUUGUGAUAUCUAUCGUCUGCUCCUUAUGUUUGCAAACAUAACCAGUAUAUCGAAAUCUGAUUGUAAAUGAGAUUGUUAAAUUUUUUGUAUUAUCAGUGCCAGUUUUUAUGAAAUUGUUCUUACUAGAAUAUGCUUUUACAUAGAGAGUAAAUGGAAAGAUCAUAACUCUAAAUGCAGUUGAUAAUGUAAAUUGCGGCAUUUACAAGGGAAGUUAACGAUAGAAAAAAAUGGUCAUCAGCUUUAAUAAAUUUUAUUGUUAGUUUGGAAUCGGUGUCUUUAUCUAAUAAAAUCGUAUAUAAGAAGUGAAGAAAACUCUGUGUGUGUUUUAUUUCGAGUGCAGUUGGA